AUGGUCUGUUCUUCAUGGACGACAACGCCGCCCUGUUUUUGGACCCGCACAGGAGGAUUUCCUUUGUACCAAAAUGCACACGACACGAGCACGUACUACCUCAACCCGGACUGCACCACCGUGGCAAACCUGGUUAAGGCUGAGGACAGCCAAACCACAACAGAGAGUUUCAAGGAGAAUGCUGGCCCCCUCAGCCCAUCACCAUCUCCUGCCCUGCCUGCAAAUGAAGGCUUCACCAGGGACCAGACCCUCUUUUUAAUCGAACUGAUGCGCCAUCACCUGGAGACAGAAGCCGACGGUCUCCCAAAGACUUUAAAGGAGCUGAAUGCUCGGCUAAAAUCUGCCAGGUCAAAUAAAAAGAACUUAUGGAUUGAGACUGCAGAGAAGCUCAGCACUCAGUUCUCUGUGUUCUUCUGUCCGGAUAAAGUGGCCAGGAAGUGGAACACACUAGUCGACGGUUACAAAAGGAUAAAGGAUAACAACAGUUGGACAGGAAAAGGAACCAUCCGCUUCAAAUUUUUUUGUGAAAUGGAUGAGCUUUUAAGAGGGCAGCAUGACGUUGCCUUCCCUGUGGUUGGCACAGACGCGGGGCUAGACAUAAGAAGACCAGAGGUGCUUAGGUCUUCAGCUGUGACGGCACCUCUAGCAGAGGCUUCCUCUGCUACACUACCAACACCAAGCACCACACCCACACGGCCUCAUAAACGUCGGAGGGAACAGGAUGACGUCCUCCAGUUCCUUCGGGAGUCCCAGGAGGCCAGUCAGAGGCGCCAUGAAGAGGCACAGAGGCGCCAUGAAGAGGCACAGAGGCGCCAUGAAGAGUUGCUGGCUCAACUUAAAGGGAAAGUUCGGUUUUUUACAACCUGGACCUUAUUUAUGACAUUUUUUAUGGUUGUAUACUCACCCAGAAAAGUUUGGUGUCAUUUGGAGUCCUUCGGAAGAUAUUAGGAGGUUUUUUGCGAG